CACGCGCCUUCCUGUUUCCAAAUAGAGCUUUUACGAUUAUCCCUGACGGCUAUCAGCCACGCCCACUUGAGAAGGUAGCAUUGUCAGUGGGACGCAAUGGUUUGUUAAAGAUUCAAGAUUAUUACAGCAUGCUAGCCUAAACUACAAGACUCGUUUUUUGAUUAUUUCAUUUUUAAUCAAAACAAUUAUUAGUAAGUUGUGAGGUUUAUGGUAGUCUUAAUUGGAAAGGCUAUGAUAAAGUCAACACAGAUGGGCCUUGGAACUAUUGUUUGUGGCCUGCGUUCAUGUUAGCUUAAGUUAGCCUUGACUGCUCCUGGACCUCCCCUGGAAUUAAAGCCCGGAGAAGACGCGACUAUUGCGGGUAAGAAGGCAACAAGAAGCAAUGGUCCUUAUUGGCAGCUAACUAACCCGCGAGCCACAGUGCUGCUAUCAAGGAUCACAUUUGUUCCUCAAAUAUGAGAGCUUCUGCCCUGUGAAGGAAACCCCAUCAAAAUGGAACUGUACUGGUAUAUAGUUGUCAUCGUGUUUAUCAUCAUUAAGAUCUUCUUCUACGUGUGCUGGUAUCGCUCAAGACAGAGACAGCUGGCAUCGUACCUGAGCAACCCCCGCAAUGCCCAGAUAGUCAUCGUUGGCGGGAGAGCCUACCUCCAUCAGCAAGCUUCGCUCUGGCCGAGCUGGUAUGGUGUGCCAGAUGACCUGUCAGUAGAAGAGCCCUCCACACCUCUGCCACCUGCUCCAUCCUUCUCCCACCUGGACAUGCCACCACCAUAUGAUGCUGUCUCUGGAGAGGACGAGCUGAAGCCCCCUCCCUACAGCGAGUGUGCCGACGCUGACCAGACGGACGCGGCCCGUCCCUCCCAUCACAUCUCUGAGGGAGGGGACCUGAGUGGUGUCAAUGAGGCCCCGCCCCCUUACACGCCGUCACCCCCGCCCCAUUCCGACAUACAAGAAGUCCCUGUGGGCCGCACAGAGCCACGCUCUGAGAACAGGCCCGUCUAGUCGAUUAUCUCAAUAUCAGUUUGCCUUUUCCCCAAAACAAAACUGCCUUGCUCCAGACAAACCUCAGAGAUCGUUGCCAGCCUUGCUCUCAGUCACACGGGAGCAAACACGAGUGUGCCCCCUUCUACUUUUCUAGUCAUCUAAUGAAUUCCAUCAUACCAGAUGACCUCCACAAGCCUGUGUGCCUCAGCAGCUGCCACGAGCGUGACAGCCCAAACUUCAAUGAAUCUCCAGCACUGUCAGGCUGGCACAUUUAAGAGAUUCGCAGAAUGAAACACGCUUCCAAGUGUAGCUUUAGCGCAGCACAUUUCACGCCUCCGUUGGAACAUCUUUUGAAGAAAUUAGCAAACACAAGACCCUUCUUUAGUAACAGUCACAGUUUUGGUCACAGUGACUUCUUUAGAGUAUGUCAACAACAACAAAGUAAUAGAGGAGGAGACAUUGUAACUAUCAACUUAGUUUGCCUUUAUACUCCAUAAUACUGGAUUUGAAAUCAAAUUAAGUAGUAAAAAUGUUAGCUUUACACGUUAAAGGUCCCAUAUUGUACAAUUUGAACCAUUUUAAUUGAGUCUUGAAUGUCCCAUGAAGAGAAGAUGUCGGAAUUUAGUAGUGUCUGUGGUGUAAAUACUCAUUAACUACCAUAUAGCAGUGUGAAGACAAACAUUAGCAACACUAGCAGAGCUAUGUGAGCUAAAGAGCUAACAUUACACUCACAUUUUAACAGCAACAUCAUGCUAAGUUUGCCUGCCCGCUGACUGGUGUUUGGUUGGCAGAGCUUCAGGUUUUAUUUUAAGAUGCUUGGUGAAGCCUGCUUUUACACAAAGUUGUCCUUUGUGAAGCCUUAAAGUACCAGUAGAGUGGAAAAACAAGUUGACUUAAUAUGUUUAAUUGUAUUUCAUUGUGUCUCAAACAAUAUCCAACUGUAUUUCCAAUCCGCAAAAUGUGUGAUUACAAAAUGCCACAAUUUCAGACAGCCAUUUUGAAUAUUCCGCUCCAAAUGUCUUUGGCAAUUUCCGUAGAUUUGGGGUAGGAUGACAUCAGGAUGGGAACGCUUCUGCACUCCGAGCAUAUCAGCAGAUCAGACAUACUGGAAAUAUGCAAAAAUUAGAAAGUGAAGUAUAUAGCGCUUUUUCUCCAGAGACUCAAUGCGCUUUACAUAGUGAAACACAUUAUCUACAUCUUUAAGCUACGGUACAUAUAAACCAGUGUGAGUCACACUUGGGUAGAGUGUCUAACCCAAGUACAUGACGGCAUUGAUGAGAAUGGCGGAAUCGGGGAUCGAACCUGCAACCCUCAUCUUGCUGGCACGGCAGCAGUACCAACCGAGCUACGCUGCCCACAAAAAGACGUGCUGUUUAUCAUUCCCAAGAAAUGAACACGUGUUCUUUUUUUUAUGCCUUCUAAGUCGUAAAUAAAAAAACAAACAUAAAAAGCCCCUUAUCAAUAGAGUCAAUAGGGGCUCUCUAUUCCGUCCACAAAACCAUCUAAACUAUCCAAAACCUGCCAAAAAUACUCUAUUUACAUUUUGUAACUUGAAUAUAAACCAAAUAUUAGCGAUAGUGUUAUUAAAAGCGCUAACAUAGACAAACCCUGGUGUGGGAUCUGUGCCGGAUCCCACACCAGGGUUUGUCUACGUUAGCGGGGAUGUCGUUGUGACUUGUGCAGCCCUUUGAGAUGUUUGUGAUUAAGGGCUAUAUAGUUAAACUUUGACUGAUUGAAACUAUUUUAGCGGUGCAUUGGUAACAAACAGCUAAUCAGCCAUUUGCUGCUGUACUAUACGCCGGUCGAAGUCCUGCUGCUUCGUGUUUCAGCUUGUCAAAAGUUAUUCUACAUUAUAAAUCUUGCCUCUUAUUUGGAUAAUAGGAGGAUUAAAACCCUAAAUCUAGAAAUUGUUGAUCUGUGACAUUCAAUUCAUACUUGGCGAUGGGGACAGUCACACAACUGAAGACGGUGUCUGCAGGCAGCAACUUUUCCUUUUAACCCUUCGUGUAGAUGAUGAUUCAUUCUUCAUCUAAACGGGAAGUUAUAAACAUUCCAUCCGUCGUCAUCGCCGUAAAAGCAGAUCGCUUUAUUAUGUUCAUAAUUUGUAUUUCUUGAUUAGCACUUAGCAAUACUGCUCCAUGAUGCUAUAGUGUUUCACUAAAGCUGGAUCUGUUUAGCACAAAGCUUCUAAAACUUGUAGCUUACCCUCCUUAUAUUAAAAAAUAGAAGGUUAUGGAUCAUCAUUUGUCCCAAAGUAAUUGUUUUCACAAAGUCUGCAUGAUUUGCAUUGUUGUUGAUGUGAAAGGGAUCUGUGGUUCCCACAUUUACGUCACGGAUCAUGCUCAUUAUCUCUCAAAAUGGCUCGGGAAUCUCUGUGAGAUUAUUACUAUUUUGAUCAUAUGUAUUUACUCACAAACUUUGUAAGUCUUUCUGUGUUAUUAAUCAGAUAUAUAUGAUAAUAGCUUCAAUAUAGAGGCAACUUGUUUUUACAUUCUACUGGUACUUUAACUAUAUAGGCAAGGCAAGGCAACUUUAUUUGUAUAGCACUUUUCAUACACAAGGCAGACUCAAAGUGCUUCACAGCACAACAUGUGAUACAACAAAGUGAAAUGAAAGAAAAUAAAAGCAAAAUUAAAAUGCCGACAAUAAAAAAAAAACAGUGCGGACGUUAAAAGUUAAAAGAUUAAAAGAUUUAGCUGAAAGCUAAGGUGAACAUAAAAGUUUUCAGUCUAGUUUUAAAAGUAGUCAGAAUUGGGUAAAGUCUGACAUCUUCAGGAAGUUUAUUCCAGCUAUUUGCCGCAUAGUGACUGAAUGAUGCUCUCCCUUGAUUUGAGUUUACUCAGGUCUCAGAAGAUCUUAGUGAUCUAGAGGGCUUAUAUAGUGGGAGCAUAUCUGUGAUAUACUUCGGCCCUAGACCAUGUAGUGAUUUAUAUGUGAGCAGGAGGAUUUUGAAAUCAAGUCUGAUGUACAGGGAGCCAAUGUAAGGAUUUAAGAAUUGGUGUAAUGUGCUCACAUUUUUUGGUCUUUGUUAGAACUCUAGCAGAAGCGUUCUGAACAAGCUGUAGCUGCCUGACAGGUUUUUGGGAAGACCUGCAAGGAGACCAUUACAAUAGUCUAGCCUACUGGUAAUAAAGGCAUGUACAAGUUUUUCUAACGCUUGAGCUGACAUGAGCCCUCUAAGUCUUGUUACAUUUUUGAGGGGAUAGUAGGCCGAUUUUGUUACUGUUUGAUGUGACUGUCGAAAUGUAAAUUAGAAUCUAAAAUAACCCCAAGAUUUCUGGCUUUAUUUGAGGUUUUCAGGGACAGUGAUUGAAGGUGUUGGAUGACUUUAAACCUUUCUUUUUUAGCACCAAAAACAAUUAAUAUAAACCAGGUGGGCUCACCUAGCAUGUCCAGUGACAGUUCUAGCCAUAAUGGCGCCCUGUGCAAGAACCCACCUUCGACCUGCAUAGUAGGGAUGGGAAUCUUCACAAAAACUCAGUUUGAUUUGAUCCGUUUCAGAAUCGAUUCUCGAGUCAACAUGAUUGUUGCGAUAUAUUAUUUGGUAUAAAGACAUAUAUAUAUAUUUUUUUUAAACCUUGGCUUCUGACUAAUGUCGUAUAUGUGCAGUGAGUAAGCAUGGGAAUGGCCUAAAAAACCUGUCUAUUUACAAAAAAAAAUGUGUUUAUAUAUAUAUAAUUUUUUGAAAACUCGGAAUCAAAUUACAAUUGUAAAAAAAAUCAAUCGCACUCUGGCUGUGAAUACAUUUUUUUGAGCACACCUCAUGCUAAGAGCGCCCAUUUGACACACACAUCCGGACAAAUAAAAUUAUUUUUUUUACCCCCUAGAGAAUGACACCCAUGUGGCCCAUAGCCCCAAACAUCAAAACACUUGGUUUUUUUCACAUGUUAUUGCUGAUAAAUGGGCUUUUGCAACACAUUUUACUGUUGUAAAAGUAAAUUUUGUAUAAUCGGGUACUUUUAUUCUAAACAGUUUCACCAAAAUAUGGUAUUUAAUAAGCACACAUUUUAAAUGUAGAAUAUUUUUAUUUUGAGGCGCUCAAAGGUAAAGUUUGUCAUUUUUAAAAUUAAGACUAACUUAGUCUACACUCCAAUCAAAUCCAUCAUGGUGGUGUAUAAAGGCAACAAUCUGCAAAUGUACAUUUCUUUGAACAACACAGCAUAUGUGUUGACAUAAAGUGUCAUUGCUAUCUGUCCAAAGCGAUGACUAUAAUCUUGUUUUUAAUUUACCAAGGUGCUCUUAUUGAAUACAGCGAGCUCGAACCAAUGCAGUUUUAAUCUACUUUUUUAUUGCAUUUUGCAGGCUGUGAUUUGUGGUGAAGCUGUCUCAGGAGUUCCACUGACCAGCUAAUAGCUUGUCUACUCCCUCUGCAUGAGACAAAGUGGACAAUGUAUGUUGGAAGGUUACCAUGCCAACGGUAAAAAUUAUACACCUAAUAUUGUCAUUUCGUUUUGAAGGUCAUCACUCUUAACGAAAUUACUCAAUGAUCGCUCCGACGUGAUCAAGGGCUUUUUUUUCCAUUUGCAUCAUUAUUGCAAAAAGCAAAACAAACCAAAAAAAUUUUUUUUGCAGCUUUUUAAAAUAUCCACAUGAUAUCCACUUAUUUUUAUGCUUGUGUUUUUUGUUUUUUUUCCUGGUCACUGCUUUUCAAACAAAAUGUGGUCGUCCUGUUUUUGGGUGGCCUGUUUGCUUUUACCAGAGAAUCAACGGUUUAAAUUGUUCUAAUAUAAUAAUGACUGUUUUGUAUUGUGAUGACAAAUCAUUCAGAAAAAAAAAAAGGAGAGAUGCAACUGCAAAAUGUAGCUUACAUUACCAUCACCUACGUCCACUUUAACUUCAUGUCCAUUCCCUAAAUGGCUCCUUAAUUAGAUCUCUUCAGGUUGUAGCUUUGUGACUUAUGGGGAUGGCUUUUUUAUGGCUUUUUUGGGUGGGGGGAUGAUUCAUAUUCUGUAUUAAAUUGUUCUUAUUGCUCAUGAGUGCUGUUUAUUUGUUUUGAGGCCGUCAUAGUGCAGUGUAAUCUGUUGUACCUUAUUUAUUUAUACAAAACCCAAAACCAGUGAAGUUGGCACAUUGUGUAAUUUGUAAA